CCAUAUUUAUCUAUCUACAGGCUGAUAGGUCAUCGAAGAUCUACAGCGAUGUGCCAUUUAAGAUGCGGAGAAGCGUGAAAUCAGACGGCAUAGUCAUACGGUACUCACAGUCUCCCACGCAGUGUCAUGCCACUGUGGAGAGGGUGCAUCCCGUAGCCGGACGUUUGAGGAUGGCAGAUGGCAGAUGGCAGCGAUGGGGAUGAUGAAGAAGAAUAAUAUCAUGACACAUGUCUAACAUCCUUCGGCAAUGGAUCUUCCCGACGGGGCUCGGGGCGCUUAGGCAGGAGAAGACUGGAGGAAUCCGAGAGAAUGGGAUCCCCUUGAUCCAACGGCCCACAGGGUGAUGGAGAGUGGGUUCAAGGCGAAAAAAGAGAAAAAUGUCUUGGAGAAGGAAGACGCGGAAAGUGUGCUUUAGGCAAAGUUCUAAUAGUCUCCAUCUAGGAUCGGUUUCAGUCGGGAUACUGAAUCGGAUAGUCGAAAAGUGUUCACCGUAUGUUUGAAUGUGACAGCCAGGGAAAAUUCAUAUCCCUCCCCCUCCUUCUCCAGGGAGAUCGCACACGUAUCACCUUGUGUGUGCUACAGGUAAAGUCAAUGGAACAUGACAAGAUUCUAUUACCCUUGCAAACGUCGUACAGAUUGCGCAUCGUAGAUUAAUCCCCGGGAGGGUCACUACUGUAAGGCGACGCAAACAAGUUGGGAUUCAAUCCCAAAGUACUGUCUGUCGAGCAGGGAUCGCCCUUAAAACGGGCCGAUCUGCGGAGUUUAAGAUGGCUGUGGUUGGGUUAGGCACGG